UUCCCUCUCUCUUUAUUCUCCCUCUCUCAUCUCCUCUCUUCCUCUGCUCCUUUCUCCUGCUUUAACAGAACUUAUGUGGCUGGGACGCAGGGCCCUCGGGUGUCAAAACUUUGAAGAUUAAUGGAUUACUUUGUUAAUGACUGCAGGCGUCAGACUGAGGUGCUUAAAUGAUUUGUGAGGUGCGAGGCGUCUUCCCGACAGUCCCAAACAAUGCGCGGAGUGUGCGGGGGAGGCAGAGGGCAGCCACCGGCGGGACCGACAGCAGGGCUUACACUCGCGCACAUUCACACACACACACACACACACACACUCCCAGGCACACACACUAGAUAGAUCCUUGCAGAUCAGGAGGCACGCAGGCACCCUCGCCCCCACGUACUCCGGGACAUCCCCACCCACACCAACAUAUAUGUAUUUUUGCUCUGAAAAAAGUGUAAAUAAAGCCUCGCUGGCCCCCAAUGAGGCGUUCCUUCCCGACUUUUUUGGAUCAAUCAAACAGACAGUGGCUUCUUUUGAUUAAAGCCCAAAUUGUCAUUGGGCAGAAGCAAUCAUGUGACAGCCAAUUCGGUCCAAUUUCAACCUUGUCUCCAUGAAUUCAAUAGUUUAAUAGUAGCGCGGUCCCCAUACGGCUGUAAUCAGUGAAUUAGAAAAAAAACACCCUAGCAGCGAUAUUCUAUGAUAGAUUUUUUUUUCCUCUGCGCUCGCCUUUUUCCUAGGCCUUGCCCCCCCAAAGCCCCUCCAAAAGAGGGAACUUUUUCUCUGAGGGGGCUCCAAGGAGAAGGCCAUGAAUUACGAAUUUGAGCGAGAGAUUGGUUUUAUCAAUAGCCAGCCGUCGCUCGCUGAGUGCCUGACAUCUUUUCCCCCUGUCGCUGAUACAUUUCAAAGUUCAUCAAUCAAGACCUCGACGCUUUCACACUCGACACUGAUUCCUCCUCCUUUUGAGCAGACCAUUCCCAGCCUGAACCCCGGCAGUCACCCUCGCCACGGCGCUGGCGGCCGCCCCAAGCCGAGCCCCGCGGGCAGCCGCGGCAGCCCGGUGCCCGCCGGCGCCCUGCAGCCGCCCGAGUACCCCUGGAUGAAGGAGAAGAAGGCGGCCAAGAAAACCGCACUUCUGCCGGCCGCCGCCGCCGCCGCCACCGCCGCAGCCACCGGCCCUGCUUGCCUCAGCCACAAAGAAUCCCUGGAAAUCGCCGAUGGCAGCGGCGGGGGAUCGCGGCGCCUGAGAACUGCUUACACCAACACACAGCUUCUAGAGCUGGAAAAAGAAUUUCAUUUCAACAAGUACCUUUGCAGACCCCGAAGGGUGGAGAUUGCAGCGCUGCUGGAUUUGACUGAGAGACAAGUGAAAGUGUGGUUUCAGAACCGGAGGAUGAAGCACAAGAGGCAGACCCAGUGCAAGGAAAACCAAAACAGCGAAGGGAAAUGUAAAAGCCUUGAGGACUCCGAGAAAGUAGAGGAGGACGAGGAAGAGAAGACGCUCUUUGAGCAAGCCCUUAGCGUCUCUGGGGCCCUUCUGGAGAGAGAAGGCUACACUUUUCAGCAAAAUGCCCUCUCUCAGCAGCAGGCUCCCAAUGGACACAAUGGCGACUCCCAAAGUUUCCCAGUCUCGCCUUUAACCAGCAAUGAGAAAAAUCUGAAACAUUUUCAGCACCAGUCACCCACUGUUCCCAACUGCUUGUCAACAAUGGGCCAGAACUGUGGAGCUGGCCUAAACAAUGACAGUCCUGAGGCCCUUGAGGUCCCCUCUUUGCAGGACUUUAGCGUUUUCUCCACAGAUUCCUGCCUGCAGCUUUCAGAUGCAGUUUCACCCAGUUUGCCAGGUUCCCUCGACAGUCCCGUAGAUAUUUCAGCUGACAGCUUAGACUUUUUUACAGACACACUCACCACAAUCGACUUGCAGCAUCUGAAUUACUAAAAACAUUAAAGCAAAACAAAGCAUCACCAAACAAAAACUCCUUUGACCAGGUGGUUUUGCCUUCUUUUAUUUGGGAGUUUAUUUUUUAUUUUCUUCUUGACCUACCCCUUCCCUCCUUUAAGUGUUGAGGAUUUUCUGUUUAGUGAUUCCCUGACCCAGUUUCAAACAGAGCCAUCUUUUACAGAUUAUUUUGGAGUUUUAGUUGUUUUAAACCUAACUCAACAACCCUUUAUGUGAUUCCUGAGAGCAAUAUGAGGCCUGCAAGAAAGUGAUCAUAUAAUUGUAUCUUCACUUUCUUAUUUUUGUAUUACAUUGGGAUGCAUUGUCAUGCAUAUUUUUUGUAGAAUAAAUUCUCCUUUGCUAUAAGUAGCUUUCUUAUUUUUCUCCCCCUCUUUUUUCAAGGCUCAUAACGGUUUCUUUUUCUUCUUUUAGUCUAACUUCAUAAAUAAAAUUCGUCACAAUUUAUCUUCUUUUUUCAAUUUUAAUACAUUUAUUAAGGCGGCAUGUUCAAAGUCUUCAAUGGACAGCAACAAAACAGAAAGCCAAAAAAUGACUAGGGCUUCUAAUAAGUGUUUUUUUUUUUCUUUUUUGCUUCUUCUUCUCCUCUUUCUUUUUAAAGGAUUUGAUUUUCAGUGCACAGGUUCAAGCCAUAGAUUUAAAUUGGUAAUAGAGACAGAAUUGGACAGUCUAAGAUUUGGGCCAAGCCCAAGCUCUUGAAAGUGGAGAAAUAAAGUGCCUACAGAAACCCCCAACUCCAGGAAUGAGUAACACGGAGUUUCUUUAAUAAGCUACCAGUCUCCAGGUCAAUAACUAAGUUAUCAACAAUUCAUUUGUUUAUACACUUUUGUUUCAAACAUCCACAUUUCAACCCCCUCCCCCAUAAAUCCCUCCACAUUUUCAGUGUGGUUGAUUAAUCUCCCAGCUGUUGAUGGGUUCAGGCAAAACAGACCUAAAAGAUAGAGAAAAACAAAAAUAAAACAUAACAGUGAUUACUAUCUGGAAAAUGCACCCCAGAAAAUGUUCUUUCCAAUCCUCUGGUUCAGUCACUCUAGGAUUCUUUUUUUUUUUCAGGGUCAGAAAAAUCAAUAUUUCAUUCUUAAACCUGUUUACAUUGCUAAUAAUAGAUCGUUAAUGCUUCGAAGUCAGGUUAGCAAGUUGAGAUUUAAAAUGGUGUGUUUCUACACCCUAGGUUAUAAAUUAACGCAGGUUCUAGAGAGAGAGAAAAGCACUUUAAAUGAAAUAUCAAUAAAAUGUGAUCUAGGGUG